AUGGGUGCCCCAAGCAAUUUUUUGUCCCUUCUAUGCCUCGUUCUAUCUGUGAUUUCCCUCCGUUAUGACCCCGAACAUGAGGGAUACAAUCUCAAUUUGAACAAGACGGCGAUUGACCCACUAGACUAUUGGGGAGAGUGGGAGAAUCACACCUUUCAUCCGUCACCCAAGAACUGGAGAUUCCCUUUCUACGUUCUUACUCUCGAUCGAUAUGUGGAUGGUGAUCCAACGAACAAUGAAGCCAAUGACACCAUCUUUGAGCACGACUGGCAAAGCAACCAAUUCCGCUUUGGAGGUGAUGCCAAAGGGCUCAUGAAUAACUUGGACUACAUCCAAGGAAUGGGAAUCAAAUGCAUAUAUCUUUCUGGCACACCGUUCAUCAAUAUGCCGUGGUCAUCAGAUGGAUUCGGUGCCUUGGAUUUCACCUUACUUGAUCACCAUCAUGGUCUAAUUGAAGACUGGCGAGCACUCAUCACUGAAAUACAUGCACGUAGCAUGUAUGUGAUACUUGAUAAUACGCUAGGUACAAUGGGAGACUUGCUACAGUGGGUAGGCUCCGAAAACGUCACCGCUCCUUUCAAAUGGGGCGAGUAUGAUGUAAGAUAUAAAACAAGCCGACAAUACCACGAUUUCCAAAUUAGCAACAGGAUAAAUGCAUCGUGCAAAUACCCACGUAUGUGGGGUGAAGAUGGUUAUCGUCUUCGGAAUCAGUCCGUAAUCGAUGCAAUGGAUCUCGAGUGCAGAGACAGCGAGUUUGAUCAGUAUGGCGACAUGAAAGGUGUCGGCGAAGUUCCAAGCUGGGAAACUCAGUUGGCCAAAUUUGCAGGUGUGCAGGAUCGCCUUCGAACCUGGCGCAAUGAUGUCCUCGAAAAGAUAAUGCAUUUUUCAUGCAUUCAGAUUGCCAUGCUCGAUAUUGAUGGUUUCCGUAUGGAUAAAGCCGCCCAAACCCCGAUUGAUGUCCAUGCAAAAUGGUCCGAUCACCAAAGAGCAUGCGCAAAGCGGUUCGGCAAAGAAAACUUUCUCAUCGUUGGUGAGAUCGUCAGCAAGAUUCCUUACGCUUCUUUGCUGGUCGGGCGGGGAAAGGAGCCUAGUAUGGCGUUCGAUAAUAUGUCGCAGGCGGUAGCAUCUAUCAAUGUCAAGGACCAAGGCAAAUAUCUUCGCCCGUUCGGUUCUGUUGCAUUGGAUGGAGACGCUUUUCACUAUCCAUUUUACGGUGCGAUGACACGAUUUCUCGGUCUAGAUGGACCUAUCGGUCUCGAGGGUGUUGACUUUGUUGCGCUUUGGCACGACCUUCUCCUGCACGAAGAUAUGGCAAAUGCUUACACUGGCGAAUUCGAUCCACGUCAUCUGUGGGGUAUGACGAACCAAGAUGUAUUCCGCUGGCCGGCUCUUGCAAACGGAACCCAGAGACAUUUGAUUGGACUUUUCAUUGCAAAUCUAAUGAUGCCGGGGGCGCCUUUUCAGCUGUGGGGUGAAGAACAAGAAUCGUAUAUUCUUGAAAAUCAAGCAGCUGACUACGUUUUUGGGCGAACUCCCAUGGCGUCCCAGAGGGCCUGGCAGUUACAUGGCUGCUACAAGCUGGGUGCGGAGGUAUACGUGGAUUUGCCAUUUGACAAAGCCCUGCAUGGCUGUGGAGAUGACUCCGUCAGUUUGGAUCAUCGAGAUCCAUCACACUUUAUGCGCAACAUAUUGAAAAGGCAUUACGAACUUCGCAACCAAUAUACAAUUCUCAAUGAAGGCGCAUACCUCCAGACGUUGUCUAGUCAAUUGCACGAUAUCUAUUUGCAUGGCAGUCUUGGGAUGCCUUCACCUAUGGGAAUUUGGAGCAUCUACCGGGGCCGCUUCCCAGAUGUGCAGGACUUUUCCAACACGGGUGAUGCCGGCAAUCAAGGUGUCUGGAUCGUGUAUUCAAAUGACAACAAGACGGUCAAUUACACUUUCGAUUGCCACGAUCAAGACAAGGCCCUGCUAGCGCCGUUCCCCCAGCAAACCAUCGUUAAGAAUUCGUUCUAUCCGUACGAAGAAAUUGUGCUUGAGACAUCUAACGCCAAACUCGGCAUCGAGAAUUCAACCGAAUUCAAUGGGUGCAUCAGCAGCAUUGAAAUGCAACCUUGGGAUUAUAAACUUUUCGUCCCGAGAGAGAUGUUCAUUCACCCUCGUCCCACCAUUACCGGCGUAGUUCCCGGGCAUGAUCAACGCCUUGUUUCGAGAUCGGGAGUUUCAAGCGCUCAAACAAUACCAAUCGAGAUCUACUUUUCGAGCGAGAUGAAUUGCCAAGAUCUAAUCCGUAGCUUCUCUAUUCAAUCGUCUACAGGCACCGGCGAGGUCGCUCGUUUGAACGCUUCUAGCGUGAUUUGUACUAAAAUCCCACCUAAGAAACAACGAUACGUCGGACAGAUCGCUUCCCAAUGGGUUUUCAAAGGCACACUAGAGAACGUGUACGACGGCAUACACGUGUACACUGUUACUAAUGUCUCUACCUUCUCAAGUGAACCCCUAUACACUCAUUCGACAGACCACUUCAUGUUCCGUAUUGGCAGGCCCGAAAACCCGAUGGUUUUUCCCAUCACCGCAAAUUACUCGACCUCGCUACUUUACCUUGACCACAAAAGCAACGAGCUAACUGUAGUUCAUAAGGCAACGGGUGCUGACAAGUGGCAGUACACGCUCAACUGGGGAAAAACAUGGAGCGACUGGAAGAAUUACACUGGCCAAAAUUCAACGAUCCAACCGCAAUCAUGGGUCGGCACCAAGGAUCAAAAGUGGGCCGGCGAGCAUGUGAUAAUUCGAUAUUGGAGCGAGAAAGCUGGUAGUAUGGAGCAUGUUCAGCACGGCGAUGUAGGAGUACACAUUUCCCGGAGAUGGCCACACAUGCAUGUCACAGGCCCAUGGAAUCUUUACGGGUUUGAUUCAGGUCUACCAGACUCUAUGCAUUAUACGGGCAAGGGCCAAUGGUCAUUUGACAUCAUGACGGAGUAUCCCACGGAUGUGAUCCUCAGCACAUGGGGAAUUAACCCUGAUGGCCAACCUGACAAGUCCAAGAUGUAUGGUGAUGUGGACCGUGACGGGGUUCUCGAUUUUCUCCCACCGACCAGUUUGGGGAAGAAUGUCAUCAACAUCACUGAUCCAGGCAUGCCACAUGUUGGGGUAAGAAUCAUUGCAAACGAUGGAGAUCUACGCUAUAGCUUUGAACCUGUUGGCUCAGCCUGGACUCAGUUGAUAAUAGCCAUUCUUCUCGCUAUUGUACCCUUCGGUACCGGCUCACUGGCGGUCUGGUUAUUUGUGAAGUCAUUCUACCAUGUCAAGUUCAACGAGCUCGGCUUCCAAAACAGUCGCAGAAAGCUUUUGAGCGGGUUUCAAGGACUCUCACCAAUUACUUUCACAAGUACAGCUGGUGCGUCUUUUUACGGCCGAAAACCGAUGACAGGACACAAUCAGCGAGGCGAAGACGUCGUCAUUGAUAAUGAACUUCAUCGACGACGCAAUAUACUCAUCGCAACGAUGGAAUAUGAAAUUGAAGAUUGGAGAAUCAAGGUCAAGAUUGGUGGGCUUGGAGUGAUGGCCGCACUGAUGGGCAAGAACCUUCAACACCAUAACCUAAUCUGGGUUGUGCCUUGCGUUGGCGGUGUCAACUAUCCAGUGGAUGAAGUUGGUGAACCUAUGAACAUCAUGAUUAUGGGGCAGGUAUACAAUAUCCCCGUUCAGUAUCAUCGCUACCAGAACAUUACUUUUGUUCUUCUAGAUGCACCAGUUUUCCGCCACCAAACCAAAAAUGAGCCAUACCCAUCCCGAAUGGACGACUUGGAGAGUGCGAUAUACUAUUCUGCAUGGAACCAAUGCAUUGCAGAGACGAUACGCCGUUUUCCUGAAAUCGAAAUUUAUCACAUCAACGACUAUCAUGGGGCCCUAGCUCCUUUGUAUCUCCUCCCGUCCGUUACGCUGCCUUGCUGUUUGUCUCUCCACAAUGCAGAGUUUCAAGGUCUAUGGUCAAUAAAACGUCCUGAGGACAUGGAUGAAAUAUGCAGAGUAUUCAGUCUAAGCCAGGAUAUUGUUAGAAAGUACGUUCAGUUCGGAGAGGUCUUCAAUUUGCUUCAUGCCGCAGCAAGUUACCUUCGCAUCCACCAACGAGGAUUUGGCGCCGUUGGUGUCUCGAGAAAGUAUGGCAAGCGAUCUUUCGUGCGAUAUCCAAUCUUUUGGGGAUUGUCGCAUGUUGGCUCACUUCCAAACCCGGACCCUUCUGAUACUGCAGCCUGGGACAAGGAUCAUAAACUUCCCGAUGCCGUCACUAUCAACGAUGAACAGGAAGCACAGCGCGGUGCGCUUCGAACUCAAGCCCAGGAAUGGGCGGGCCUUCAUGUCGAUCCCGAUGCUGAGCUCUUUGUUUUUGUUGGCCGGUGGUCUAUGCAGAAAGGUGUCGAUAUUAUUGCAGAUAUUUUCCCUUCAAUACUGGAGAGAAAUGCGAAAGCGCAGUUGAUCUGUGUCGGCCCCGUUAUUGACCUCCAUGGCAAAUUUGCUGCUAUGAAACUUCAGCGUCUAAUGGAGAUUUAUCCAGAGCGAGUGUGUUCAAAGCCAGAGUUCACGGUUCUCCCGCCUUGCAUAUUCAGUGGGGCUGAAUUUGCACUAAUACCAUCACGGGAUGAACCGUUUGGUCUUGUCGCUGUAGAAUUUGGCCGUAAAGGUGCGCUUGGUAUUGGCUCACGAGUCGGUGGCCUUGGAUCAAUGCCUGGAUGGUGGUUCACCGUCGAGUCUAUGGCAACGAGACACCUCGUUCGACAGUUCCAAGCAGCGAUCACCACUGCUAUGAACUCUUCCAGGGAGACCCGCGCUGAAAUGCGAGCCCGAUCGUCUCUCCAACGGUUUCCCGUUGCGCAAUGGCAAGAAGGAUUAGAACAGCUCCAGGCUGGUUCCAUCAAAGUACACGAGAGGGUAGCCAGAGCACGCAGUUCAAUCAAACCCGGCGAAUCUACACCUCCAAUAUCCACUCCUCUGCCAUCAGCACCGGGCUCCGCACUAACCUCACCCAUCAAUACGAGGCCUCCAAGCAUUCGAGGAAAUCGAAUAGCCUACCGCACGCAAAGUCGGGGACCUAGCCCUUCAAGAGAAUCGUCUUCUGAGACAUCCUCAUUGAAUAGAAAGAGGAUUGAUGACAGUACUGGAGAACAUGUGAGCCGGCCACAGCUCACAUUAGAUGUCGGCUCUGCAGCAGUGUCUGCUUCAUUCACUGCUCCACACACCAUGCCUGUAUUAUCAACUCCAAUUGGACGCAUUCAUAAUUAUGGGCUGUUUCCGAUUUCAAUCGGUAGUGGACCAAAUGAUUUCCCCAACCUUCAAGAGCCGCUCUCUCCUGCGUCAAUGGACCUCCGACGAGGACUAGGCCGCGCGUCCAUAAAUCGACAUCUAUCCCGUCAGAACUCGCAAGACUCGAAUACGUCGCUUUCCUCUGCGUCCAACUCUUUUCUCCCAUUAGACACUCAAGCAAGGAGCCUGACAACCCUGUCAUCUACAGGUCUGCCGGAUGUUCAACCCUCAAAUCUUACGGUGAAGUCUGUCAUUGGGGAAGAUAGUAACUACAGGAUGCAAAAGGUGGACCCGUUUUUCACAGACUCACAAGGGGUCUACACGAGGCAAUUUGAUCGUCUUCUUGGCGGACUGAACGGUCGUACUUCAACUAAAGAGUUAUGUAUCGAGGAGUUCAUCAUCCGCUCUGAGAAGAAUUGGUUCUCGCGUUUCUACGAUGCUAAACUUGGUGUCAAAGAGAAAGUCGCCCAAUUGGGUGGUGAGGAUCUUUCAAGCUCUGCUAGUGUGCCAAGUGUCAGUGUUUCAGGUUCUCAAUCCUCAACUUCUGGUGUUGAUGAAUUUGAGCUCGGCGCAAAUUACUUACCACCAUCGGGACUGCGAAAGAUCAUCCAGUACAAGAUCCGCGACUGGCCGGUCUACUCCUUCCUACUUGCCCUCGGACAGAUCCUCGCGGCAAACUCAUAUCAAAUAACUCUCCUUACAGGUGAAAUUGGACAAAGUGCCACCAAACUUUAUGUAAUCGCCUCAAUAUACCUCACUGCUUCAGUCAUCUGGUGGAGUACAUUUCGCCUUGCCGCAUCUCGCUAUGUAAUUACUCUCCCAUUCCUAUGUUAUGGCCUGGCAUUCUUCCUCCUGGGUAUGGCACCAUAUGGUAAGAGCAUAGCGGCACGAGGAUGGCUCCAAAACACGGCGACGGGGAUCUACGCUCUCGCAUCAGGUUCUGGCUCACUCUUCUUCGCGCUUAAUUUUGGAUCAGAAGGUGGCACCGCAACCCACUCAUGGGUAUUCCGCGCCUGUGCCAUCCAAGGUACACAACAACUUUACGUGACUGUCUUAUGGUAUUGGGGUUCUCACCUGUCAUCCCUUUCGUCUAGCGGAUACAAGCUUUCAUCAACAUCAGCCAUAACAAAUACACCAUAUAUCACGGCAAUCACCACGCCUAUCGCCAUACUAUUCGCCUUCAUAUCAUAUGCUCUUUUUACUGGACUCCCCUCAUUCUACUGUUCCAGUCCUGGCUCCCAUCCCUCAUUCUACAAGUCGCUCGUACGUCGUAAGGUAAUCAUGUGGUUCUUCAUCGUUGUGAUCCUUCAGAACUACUUUCUUUCGGCACCCUAUGGUCGAAACUGGGCCUACUUGUUCUCUUCUCGCCUUGCCCCUACAUGGUCGAUCAUACUUCUCGUCGUCCUUUUUUUUGUAAUUGUCUGGUUUCUUCUAUUCUUCAUUCUCCAUCGUCUCUCGAUCGAACACUCCUGGGUCCUACCCAUGUUCGCCAUUGGCCUUGGUGCACCACGAUGGUGCCAGAUUCUCUGGUCAACUAGCGGGAUGGGAUCCUACAUCCCGUGGGCUCUCACCCCUACGCUGGGCUCAAUCCUGGGACGUGCACUGUGGUUAUGGCUGGGCGUUCUCGAUGCCGUCCAAGGCGUUGGUUUCGGCAUGAUCUUACUUCAAACCAUGACCAGAUUCCACGUCGCUUUUACGCUCACUGUGGCGCAAGUUGUUGGUAGCCUUGCAACAAUAGCAGCGAGGGCAACGGCGCCAGACCGACUUGGUCCUGGGGGCGUAUUUCCAAAUUUUGCUUUGCGAGGCUUUGCUGACGGUGCGAAAGAGGGCCAUUUCUGGGGUGCACUUGUAGCACAAGGAGUUGUUUGCGUUGGUUUUGCGGUUUGGUUCCGCAAGGAGCAGCUUUGUAAGCCUUGA